GCCCGGACCACCUCUUUCACCGGCUAGUAGUCUUCGGGAGUAGUUGUGUACAGCUGCAACAAAGGCCACCCCGGUAGACGACGGCCGGCUAGUCCUCGUUGACACGACGCACGCUCAAGAGCUUCGACCUUAACGGGAAAGAUUCCGUCUAGCCAUCUGGCGCCUACGAAAGUGAAUGAGAGAGGACGAAGUCGGACGUCCUGUCCAGUAAUCGGAGGAAUACGUGUCCUUCCAUAAACGAUGAGCUGAGUAGGGUGAUAGCGGUGUAAGCGGAUCAUUCAAGAAAUCGUUGAAAGACUCGGACGAUACAAUCUGGUGUUAGUAAACAAUAGCGAAAAAGUAUUACCUUUGAGAAUUAACUGAUGUCUGGUGAUGAGUACAUACUUAGGAAAAUUUUAAUGAGAGAACAUCCGUCUUUUACUGUUGUCUAAAUGAUUGUUACGAGAGACAGGUCAGUUCCGUGUCGGCAGAAAAUGUUGAUGAAAGUGUCAUGAUCUACACCAUGAUUUGUGAAGAGGUGACAUGUGAUUGGACGUAUGGAAAUUCAUAAUAAAAUUUAGUCCCGUAUAUUGAAUGAGUUUCCUUCAAUUCUACAAGAGCUCGAACACUGGGAUGAAUCUUAAGUUGAAUUUAAUUCCACGUUCAUUGUUCAAGGUGAUGACAUGAUCUUGUUAAUUGAUUGACAUAGGCCAAACGUUCCGGCAACUUUGCAGUACCGAAGAUUUUAGAUCUGUAGAGCAUCGAAUGUCGUAAGUUUUAUGAACUUUUAUUAUCCUGAAACUGACUAAAAUAAAACUUCGCAAGUAGUGCGUGAUAUGUUGUCCGAAAUGCACUUCACGGUGAAAGACACGUGUGCCAAAGAGUUUUGCCGUGCGAUCGUCGAUCUUUAGUGCAUCCGCAGAGUCACUCGCGAGAUCUUUAACCGGCGAGGGUGGUGAUCCGACCUCAGAGCAAACUCCGGGAAGAGUUCACCGUGCGAGUUCCCGACGAUGGAUUCCCAGCAGCUCGUCGACACAGCCUCACAGAACAGUCAGGACAUCGUUUUACCGAAACCGGCCAGUAGUACACCACGGCACAGCAUCGACGCGAUCCUCGGAUUGGCCAGCCAUAAAAGAACUCAUCAGGAAAUGGAGGACACAAGUCGUGACACACAGGAAAAUACCGGUGAGAACAGCUGCAACUCCACUGGCGGCGGCAGCGACGAGGAGCUCGGCGCGGGCUGCGGGGAGGACAUAAACGGCAACGGGGGCAAGAAGAAGCACCGUCGCAACCGGACAACCUUCACGACCUACCAGCUGCACGAGCUUGAAAGAGCGUUCGAGAAGUCCCACUACCCGGACGUCUACUCCAGGGAGGAGCUCGCCAUGAAGGUCAACCUCCCGGAAGUUCGUGUUCAGGUCUGGUUUCAGAACAGGCGAGCCAAGUGGCGUAGGCAAGAGAAAAUGGAGGCUGCGAGACUAGGCUUAAGCGAGUACCAUCACGCUGCUAAUAUGAGUGCGGAGAUAUGCCGUUUCAGGAACGUUGCCGGUCCAGCUUUGGGUCUACCAGGGGAUCCUUGGCUCGCGCCGCCAGGAUUGCUUAGCGCGCUUCCUGGUUUCCUCGCCGCUCCUCACACGGGAUAUCCCAGUUAUCUGACAUCUCCUAGGCGAUUACCAUCACCGCCAAAUGUCGGCGCCGUACCCAACCCGGUUCCAGAAAUUGCAUUGUUCGCAGGAUCGCUGGCCAGCAGUAUGGCGAGCAUAAGUGCCAGCGGCCACGUGCAACCGCCGCCGCCGAGUCCGCCGGGACAUGAUCCUCGCACCUCGAGCAUCCAGGCGCUCAGGAUGCGGGCCAAGGAGCACGUCGAGAGCAUCACCAAAGGUCUGCAGAUGGUCUGAAGGUUAACUGAAGAUACGCCAAGAGUGCGCACCGCUACCGGCUGCAUCAACCACGACGCGCUCGUGACUGCGUGACGUGCAGGCGAGCAAUUCUUCGCCCGAAGACACUCCAGAUCGCAGAGGAGCGGUAUAUCGACCAACGAGAGCGAGAAAGUACGUUCCGUGAUAGAGAGGGGAAAUAUAUCACCGACGGUGCUGGACGUGACGAAAGUACAAGAAGCUAGGCAAGAAAGGGCGAUCGUCCGUUUAUGUGUGGUUAGAAAGUGAACCUGAUUGUUAAGGGACUAGUUCUUGGUAUUAACAGUUACCAAUGGACGAUUUAAUGUACAUUGGUGUUGUGUUGAAUCAAAGAGAUCGCAAUAGAAUCGACGAUUGGUGGGUAUAUUUUCGACGACUGUAGAGACUAUCAAUGUGAUAAUUGGCAGGUAUCUAUGAUCAGUGAGCAUACGUUUAUGAUUGAGAAUGGAAUUCUAACUAUUCAGAGACCAGUCCUAUGAAAACGAUGUCAACCUAGAAAAUUGAGUUUUUUAUCUGAAACAGCACGGAAAGUAUAAGAUAUGUCUAGGAAACGACUACACGAUCAAAAGUUUCUUACGCAUUUGUAUUAUUUCUGGUGCUUUUGAUAACAAUAAUCACGACAGUUAUUAAAUAGCCGGCUGAUGAAAAAUUGCUUUUAAUUUGACGAAAAAUUUUCGAGCGAAUUGCUGUCGUCUGAGAAAUUUACCCGGGACUCGCUCCAAGUCGGCAUUGUGCAAUAGACAAAAGGAAUUGUGUUGCGCAAACUUGUUGCAUAGUUAAAGUAAAAGCAAGGAAGAUUAGCUUGCUAUUGAUCAACUUGCCAUUAUUAUUAACGACAUUUAUUGCAGACACUUGCGUGUUGAUUACUAAAUACCUAAAUUAUUUUUUAACCAUGAAUAUGAAUUGACGUAUACACAUGAUCGUAAAAGUUACACGAAUAAUUUAAAGAUUUAACUCGAGAUCGAUAAUUAUAUAUACAUGUGACUCUAUUGUCAAAAAAGUCGAGACGUACAUUAUUUAAUUUUAUAAAGCAAUAUAACGCGAAUGCAAAUAUACUGUGUCAACCGUUACAAUAAAUGUGUAAAAAAUUUUUUAAUUUAUUUUCUAAAUAGAUGUUAUUAACUUUUUAUUAAUUUACUAAUAUGUGAUUAAAUUUAUGAAACUGCAAGGCGUCGAUUUUGAGAUGCAGUAUGCGGCAUGAAAUAUUCUAUAGCAUAUAAACACAUUCCGUAUUAUUCGAUACUACACGUGUAAUUGAUACAUGAAAAACUAGCCGACGAUACCUCUUUCAUAAAAUAAUUAUAUUAUUAUACGGGCAUCGAAUACAUGAACAAAUGUCAAUGAACUAGUAUUGAUUUACGUAUGAAACAUUUAAAUUAUUACUUACGUAGGCUAUUUAUAGAGCUAAUAAAUAGUCCUUUUCUAUCAAUUAUCUAUUUAAACGCGUGCGUAUAAAGUGAUAACACACGGGAAAAUAUCAUUUCAGUGCUAAGAAAAGCGUAUGCUCAAUUUUCAGUUUGUUAAAAAAAAAACUUAUUAACAAAAUACAAAUUCUUUUAAAUAAUCUAAUCAAAAAAGAUUAAAUAUUAUUUUUAUAACAGUCUUAAUAUACAUUCAUUAUUUACUUGAA